AUGGCGGAGGAGAAGACCUUCCGUUAUGCGUUCAUCAUCUUGGGUUUCUUCCUGGUGAUGACGGGGAUGUUCAUCAUGAGCGUGGAAAAGCCCCACAUCUACAUCACCUUCUGUGUCAUGGGUGUCCUGCUCAUAGCUGUGGGCAUCACCUGGAGCAUGUGCCAGUGCUACCCAAAGAUAACAUUCGUCCCUGCAGACCUCGAGGCUGAGCGCUUCCUGGACCACAAACCCAUGGUGCUGCCACAGAAGGACACCCGAUUGAUUGAACCCUGCCUCAACCAAGAGAUCACCAACACCUAUGAGAAGAGCCUGCCAUCCUAUGAGCAAAUCCAGACGCAGGCAGUGGACUCAGCCCUGCUCCCACCCACAGCCCAGCCCAGACCCCGCAGCUGCUCCCAGUCAGCUGUGCAGGCCAAAGCUGAGGUCCAUCGGGAGCAGGGGGGUGCUGGAGACCCCUGCGAAGACCUGGCACCUCGACUGGAAACAGCAGCAGGCAGCUGCCCCUCUCCUGCCCAGGCGCCGCUCGCAUCCCUCCUGGAGGAGAUGGACACGCCGUCGCUGGCAGGUUCCGUGCCCGGCAGCCCCGUGCCACAGAGUCGGAACCUGCCACCACCACCCGCUCCGGCUUCACGAGAGCAAACCGGAUCCCCCAGCAAAGGAGCUGGGGAGGAGGAUGACCUCUAUUACGGGCUCCAGGAGGAACCGGAUGCUCUGCUCAAGGAGAACGACUGCCUUUUUGAGCCUGAAAACUGA